UCGUCCACUGGGAUUCAAGAUUCCAUUCAACUCCCCAAUCAUCGUCCCCUAAUCUUCUUUGAUUUCCUCGAAAAUCCCCCAUUUCUUGACAAAAUAAGCUGCUAAUUGCAGAGAAAAAAUGGAUAAAAGGGCCCUCGUGGCCCUACUUUCUUCCCUAAUAUCGGAGCUCCUCCUCCUCCUCUUCGUCAUCUCCCCUCCCUCCGGCGACUCAUUUUCUUCUCCGUCCAAUUCCCUUUCCCCGCUCAUCACCCACCUACUAUCCUUUUCAAAUACCGCCGCCACCCUCUCCCUUCUAUCACACAAACGGAAGCGAUCCCAAUCCCCGGAACCCGGUGUCACCGCCGACGAAAUCAGCCAUCUAACCAAACUCGGUCGUCGGUUCGUCGGCGCCCAUUCAGCCAUACCAAGAAACCCCGACUCCUUCAAACUCUGUUUCAAAAUGACUGCUUCAACAUUCGAGUGGCUCUCAGCCCUCCUCGAACCGCUGCUCGAGUGCCGUGACCCAGUCAACUCUCCCCUGAAUCUCCCCGUCGAAACCCGCCUCGGUAUCGGACUUUACCGGCUAGCCACCGGUUCCGAUUACUCCGAUAUUUCACAACGGUUUAAAGUUUCAGAAUCUGUAGCGAAAUUCUGCGUCAAGCAAUUCUGCCGAGUCUUAUGCACCAAUUUUCGUUUCUGGGUCGGAUUCCCAACCCCAAACGAACUCGAACCAAUCACUGAAUCAUUCGAAACCCUAACAGGUUUGCCCAAUUGCUGUGGAGUUAUACAUUGUACACGAUUCAACAUUCUCAAGCCUGAAUCCAUGGAGGAAGUUCCAUUAUCUGCUCAAAUCGUCGUCGAUACGUCAUCGAAGAUUCUCAGCAUUGUCGCCGGCAUCAAUGGAAAAAAGGGUAAUCAACUCGUUCUCAAGUCAUCAACUUUAUACCAAGACAUCGAAUCAAACAACUUGUUGAACUCUCCACCUAUAGAUAUAAACGGUGUAUCUAUACCUCAAUACUUAAUCGGUGAUAAAAGCUAUCCUUUUCUUCCAUGGCUAAUGGUUCCAUUUCAUCAACCCGUGAUGAAUUCAUACGAAGAGAACUUUAAUUCUGCACAUAAUGUAAUGCUUGCAUCUGGGUUUAGAACGAUUGAUAGUUUAAAGAAAUGGGGUGUUUUGAGUAAACCAAUUAAGGAAGAGAUCAAGACUAUGGUGGCUUACAUAGGUGCUUGUUCAAUUCUUCAUAAUGCGUUGCUUAUGAGGGAAGAUUACUCUUCUUUAUCUGGGAAAUCUGAUGAAUAUUUGCAAUAUGAUGACAGUUCUCAGUAUCAUGGAGAUGUUAGUUUUGUGGAUAAUUCAAUUGACCAAAAGGCUUUUGAAAUUAGAAGUGCAUUGGCUACAAGAGCAAGGAGAUGCUAACUUUGGGCAGCAUUCAUGAUUUUGGGAUAGACGGGGAUGCAAGAUUGUAUUUAUGAAGAUUAAACUAUUGUUGCUCUUGUUGAUGACA